AUGGAGACCAUUUCCAGGAUAUCCACGAUGCUGGAAACAGCUCGUGAGCUCACCCUCGAAGCAGCCCAGUCAGCAGCCCUGAGUAAGGGGUCUAGCACGGGUUUAUCGUCUCGGAAUUUGGCUACUGCUCACAUCAAAAAGCUUCUGGAUAGUCGAAAUGACCGGGAGGUCCUGGAUGGCAUGCGCCGGGUGAUUACGUUGAUGUACCGAUCCGAACCUUCCCUCCCUUUCUUCUCGGCUGUGGUCAAAAACGUGGCUAGUGCGAACCUUGAGGUCAAGAAGUUGGUCUACAUCUACUUGGUCCAUCAUGCGGAGGCGGAACCGGACCUUGCGCUCCUAUCUAUCAAUGCUAUCCAAAAGUCCCUUACCGAUCAGAACCCCCAUUCGCGUGCUAUGGCGCUUCGUACAAUGUCGGGAAUCAGAGUGCCAGUCAUCAGUCAGAUUGUGUCCCUGGCAAUCAAGAGAGGCUGCGGCGACAUGAGCCCACAUGUUCGCAAAGCCGCAGCAUUGGCAAUCCCAAAGUGCUAUCGCCUGGACCCAAGUACCCUCCCUCAGCUGAUUGGAUAUCUUACUACUUUGCUCGGUGAUAGCCAGUACUUCGUCCUUGGGCCUGCUGUCGCCGCUUUCCUGGACGUUUGUCCGGACAGGAUCGACCUCAUCCAUAAGCAUUACCGAAGCCUCGUCAAAAAGCUCGUCGACAUGGACGAGUGGAGCCAACUCUCGACAUUGCGUCUUCUGACCAUUUACGCUAGGAAGUGCUUCCCUCGCAAGGUCCAGAAAGGUAAACAGGCAGUUUCUGAAGGCUUCUACGAGGACGAUAAGACACCGGAGAGCAAUGGUGGUGAUAACGAGCAUGAAGUGCUUGUGUUGGAUCCUGAUCUUGAAUUUCUCUUACGUACUUGCAAGCUGUUGCUGCAAAAUCGCAACUCCGCUGUCAUUGUUGGCGUUGUCCGGUGUUUCCUUUACCUCGGCACUCCCGAGUAUCUUGAAGCCGCCGUUGGUCCUCUGGUUGCGCUGGUUCGGAGCCCACAAGAUACGCAGCAUGUUGCGCUAUAUAACAUCGUCGCCGUUGCCCUGAAACACCCUAAGCCGUUUACGAGAUACACUACGCACUUUUUGGUCCACGCGGUAGAUCCGCCUCAUAUCUGGCGCCUCAAGCUGGAAGUGCUCACUUUACUCUUUCCCCACUGCGGGCUGCACCUGAAGGGUGUGAUUCUCAGCGAACUGGAACACUUUUCACAGAGCGCAGACCCAGACCUAGUGCGAGAAAGCGUGCGUGCUAUAGGACGCUGCGCACAGAGUGAGCCUCGAAGUGCUGAUCAUUGUCUCCGCGUCCUUCUGAGUCAAAUUACGAGUCUUGACGACAACCUUGUUUCAGAGUCCUUGACCGUCAUCAGACACCUCAUCCAGCAGGACCCACCUGCUCACGAGAAGACGGUGAUUCAGCUUGUCAAGCAUUUGGGAUUAACGAAGAAUCCGGAUGCUAGAGCAACCAUUGUUUGGCUGGUCGGAGAAUUUGCCGGUGUUGAGCCUGAGAGGAAUAUCGCGGCAGACAUCCUGCGCAUUCUGGUACAAGACUUUGCAAAUGAAUCCGAGGCCGUUAAGCAGCAGAUCAUCCUUCUGGGUGCUAAGGUAUAUUUGCAUCAUCUGAUGACGCUGCUCUGGCGGUACCUUCUUCUGCUUGCUCGAUAUGAUACUUCCUACGAUCUUCGCGACCGAGCCCGUCUAUACAAGGCUUUACUCGCUUCUCCUUCUUCUACACAACUGGCCAAUCUGCUAUUACUUGCGCCAAAGCCUGUUCCACACGCUCCGAGCCCGUCAGAAACACGCAAGGACCUGCUGAUAGGCUCCUCGACCCUCGUGGUUGGUCCCGACGCUGGCAUGCUUGGCUUGAAGGGCUAUCAAAACCUCCCUGAAUGGGUUGAGUUCGGACAAGAACCCGACCCUCGCCUCCGGGAGAACGAUAUCAAACCAAGCGUGGUAGAAAAGUCGUCCAUGACUGCGGGCGAGAGGCUCGACCGAGCCCUUAAGGAGCAUGAAAGUACCGCUGCAACUUCAAGCAGGCAACGGGAUGGUCGCGGAGUAGCGGUUGCCUCCUCAGCGAAGGGGAAGUCACUCGACCAGUGGCUUGAGGAGCCCGAGACGGAAACUGAGGAGGAGACAGAAACAGAGGAAGAGGUGACUGACUCUGAAUACGAGGAAGUUACGGACGAGGAAACGGACGAAGAGGAGGAAACGGAUGAAGAAUAUGAGACGGACGAAGAAGAGCAGGGACAGAGUGCAGGACUCUUGAAGCCGUGA